ACAAAAGAAACUCUUAGAAAAGGAAUAAAACUAUUUUCCUAGAGAUGGAAGAUCUAAAUAUUUCUUGUUUAAAUUUAAAAGAUGAGUCAACUAUUGAGGAAUCUAAAGAUCAAGUUAUUACUCCAUGGAAGGUAGAAGGAAGGGUUGUGGACGGUAGAACAGAAGGAAUUGAUUAUGACCGGCUUAUAGAAAAGUUUGGGACAAAAUAUUUAGAUGAAGCACUUUUGGAAAGAUUUGAGAGAUUAAUAGGUCAAAAACUGCAUGUUUUCCUUAGAAGGGGGAUUGUUUUUUCUCAUCGUGAUUUUUCCAAUAUUCUUGAUCAAUAUGAAAAAAAAGAGCCAUUUUAUAUAUAUACAGGUAGAGGACCAAGUAGUUCGAGUAUGCAUUUAGGUCAUAUGGUUCCGUUUUUGUUUUGCAAAUGGCUUCAAGAUGUUUUUGAUGUUCCUGUAAUUAUUCAACUUACAGAUGAUGAGAAAUAUCUUUUCAGACAGGAAUUAAAACUGGAAGAUACACGUCGAUUUGCUAGAGAAAAUGCAAAGGAUAUUAUUGCAUGUGGUUUUAAUCCAGAAAAAACAUUAAUAUUUCUUGAUACAGAAUUUGUUUCAGGUUCUUUUUAUGAAAAUGUUGUUCGGGUUUCAAAAUAUAUAACGUAUAAUAAAUGUAAAGCUACCUUUGGAUUUAAGGAAGAGGAUUCUAUUGGAAAAUAUAGUUUUGUUUCUAUUCAGGCAGCCCCUAGUUUUUCUAAUUCAUUUCCAAGCAUUUUUGGUAAACGGACAGAUAUUCCAUGUUUGAUUCCUAUGGCAAUUGAUCAAGAUCCUUAUUUCCGUCUUACGAGAGAUGUUGCUGAUAGACUUGGCUAUUUGAAACCAUCCUUGAUACAUACUAGAUUUUUUCCUGCACUUCAGGGUCAUGGUACAAAAAUGAGUGCAUCAGAUGAAAAUACUGCUAUUUAUGUCUCUGAUACACCAUCUCAAAUCAAAAAUAAGAUUAAUAAACAUGCCUUUUCAGGUGGAGGUGCAACAUUAGAAGAACAUAGAUUAGUAGGAGGAAAUCCAGACAUAGAUGUAUCAUUUACUUAUCUCAAAUAUUUUUUGGAAGAUGACGACCAACUUGAACAAAUAAGAAAUGACUAUUCUUCUGGAAAGAUCUCUACAGGAGAACUUAAAGCAAUUACAAUUAAUGUUUUACAAAAAUUUGUUGCUGAAUUUCAAGAGAGACUUCAAUUGGUUACUGAUCAUACACUUUCUCUCUUUUUGGAUUCGAAUAAAAAACUGAAAUCUACAUGA